AUGCGUGAAUGCAUCAGCACCCAUGUCGGCCAAGCCGGUACUCAAAUGGGCAGUGCGUGCUGGAGGCUCUACUGCUUAGAGCACGGAAUUCAACCUGACGGGCUUACAUCCAAUGCUGGUGUUGGACAGGCCGGUGACAAUUCAUUCAGUACGUUCUUCAACGAUACUGGAUCUGGUCGUUACGUUCCUCGUGCAGUGUUUGUUGAUUUGGAACCGAUAGUAGUUGGUGAACUACGAAUCGGGGCGUAUCGGCAGUUGUUCUACCCCGAAUAA